UCAAUUUUAUACAUCAUUGUUUCCGUUUAUAUAACGCGUGAAUAUAUCCUCUAUUGUAUUCUACAACAAAAACAAUCAGAGCGCCUCGCUAUCACUAGUUUUAUUUUGAUCUCCCGGGUCCGCUAUUAGCUUUUAGCCAGUUAGCAUCAGCAAGCGUGGUUGCUGCUAACUGCGCUUACAUUGCUAAUACUCUAUUCUCACACAUUACCACUGCUGUACUCACUGUUACUUGCUUUAAUGGCGGAUGAAUGUCUCCACUCUGUGCAGCUCGAGCUCGAGGCCGUGGGGAAGCAGAUUCGCGACCUGGAACAGAAGCAGGCCCAGCUGAGAGAGCGGAGAGCCGCGCUGGAAUCAUCCCGGGCUGACGCUCACAAGUCCGGGGUAAGUAUACAGCGUACUGUUAACAGUCCCACCACGUCUACUCCGUGUGUUUCUCUGCGCAGGCCCGGUGCACCCAGGACACGAUCUUCCCAGAUGUCCUUCACUGCGACGCCGGGACACCACGGACCCUGGGUGCAUCCACAGCGGAGGACGCGAGCUGGGUCCCGGGCGACUACUUCUCCCCCUCCUGCCUUCGAGAUCUCCAUCCAGAACCGCUUCGCUCCCCUCCGCGAGACAGGACGCGACGCAGUGAUCAUCGGAGACUCCAUCGUCCGACACGUAAGUGCUACGUUAGCUGAAGGUAAAGUGCACACUCAUUGUUUGCCUGGUGCUCGUGUUCUCGAUGUUUCUGCGCAGAUACCCGCGAUCCUAAAGGACGGCGAGAGCCCCAGAGCGGUCGUGCUUCACGCCGGAGUUAACGACACCACGCUGCGGCAGACGGAGACGCUGAAGAGGGACUUCAGGAGCCUGAUCGAGACGGUUCGCAGCACGACGCCCGCGGCGACGAUCGUCGUGUCAGGACCACUGCCCACGUAUCGACGAGGACGCGAAAGGUUCAGUAGACUUUUUGCUUUAAAUGAAUGGUUGUUGUCAUGGUGUAAAGAACAGAAACUGCUAUUUGUUAAUAACUGGAAUCUUUUCUGGGAGCGUCCUAGACUGUUUCGCGCUGAUGGAUUACACCCCAGCAAAAUUGGAGCGGAGCUUCUCUCUGACAACAUCUCCAGGACACUUCGCUCCAUGUGACUAGAUUUACAUCCCGUGGUAACUAGGAUUUACACAAGCUCCAGUCUGGAUCCAGAACACCUGAGAAGAGAUGAUGCUGACCCUCAGAGGACCCCAGAUGAUGCUACCUUGAAUCAACAAACAGAACUAACAAUUAUUGCUAAAUGCGUGACUGAAUCAUAUAAUAACUUAAUUAAUAAUAUUGAUAGUUCAUCGUCUAGCUGACUA